CCAACGGUAAUGGGAUGGGAUGGGAGCAGUUUCGCUCAGUUGCUUUGCCGCCUGCCGCUCGGCACCUUAUCUCCUCCGUCUCGCGCCACUCCACGGCACCAUGCACUCGCCGGCGCGCUGCGCCGCCACCACCGCCACCGCGUCCCCGCCUCUGCGCGCGCCGUUCGUCGCCAUGGCCCAGCGCGGCCGCAGGCCGCCCUCGUCCGCGCCCCCCGAGGCCGAGCAGCCGGACGAGGCGCUCGCCCGCAUCCUCCGCAGGGAGGCCGCCGUCUCCGGCGUCCCCCGCAAGGCCGCCGCGGGCACCAGCCAGCACUCCACCCGCCUCUGGCCCCGCGCCGUCCUCGAGGCCCUCGACUCCGCCGUCGCCUCCUCCCGCUGGGAGUCCGCCCUCGAGAUCUUCGAGCUGCUGCGGAAGCAGCGGUGGUACGAGCCGAGGACGCAGACCUACGCCAGGCUGCUGAUGAUGCUCGGCAGGUGCCGGCAGCCCGGCCCAGCCACGGCCCUCUUCAAGGUGAUGCUCUCGGAGAAGCAGCUCGCGCCGACGGUGGACGUGUACACGGCGCUCGUUGGCGCCUACGGCUACAGCGGCCUGCUGGACGAGGCGAUGGCCACGGUCGGUCUGAUGAAAGGCGCUGAUACAGACUGCAAGCCGGACGAGUACACCUUCUCCGUCCUCAUCAACUGCUGUUGUAAGUCACGCCGCUUCGACCUGAUCCCCACCGUCCUCGACGAGAUGUCUUAUCUGGGGAUUGGAUGCAACGUUGUCAUCCACAAUGGGAUAAUUGAUGGAUACGGCAAGGCCGGCAUGCUAGAGGAGAUGGACGAUGCGCUGUCCAACAUGCUUCAAGACGGGGACAAUGUGCCGGACAUAUACACGAUGAACUCCAUCAUCUGGGCUUAUGGCAACCGUGGCAGGGUGGAUGACAUGGAGAAGUGGUACGAUGAGUUUCAGUUGAUGGGCGUUGAGCCAGAUACGCGGACGUUCAAUAUCAUGAUGAAGUCUUAUGGCAAGGCUAACAUGCCUGACAAAAUGUUGUCGAUCCUGAAAUACAUGAAGCGGCGUUUCUUCUCACCCUCUGCUGCUACAUUCAACAUAAUCAUAGAUUGUUUUGGAAGGGCUGGCAACAUUGAGAAGAUGGAGUACUAUUUCAGGCUGAUGAAAAUUCAGGGCGUCAAACCCAACCCCAUCACAUACUGCUCCCUGGUUAAUGGAUACAGUAAAGCUGGGCUCCUUGAUAUGGUUCCUGCAAUUAUUCGACAGACGGAGAACACCGAUGUCGUCUUAGAUACUCCUUUUUUCAACUGUGUUAUCAGUGCAUACGCCAAGUCUGGAGAUAUCGAAAUAAUGGAGGAAAUGCUAGUGCUAAUGAAGGAAAAGAAAUGUAAGCCAGACAAGGUAAUUUAUACCACCAUGAUUCAGGCAUAUAUGGCGCAUGGGAUGGAUGAAGCCGCUAAGUUGUUAGAAACAGAAAUGGAAAGAUUUAACAACAAAUUACUGGGACCAGUUCCUGUGGUUGAUUACAAGUAAACUGCGGCCAUCGUUUUUUAGGGGACAGAGCAGUAAGAUUUGUGUGAUACGAGAUUGGGGAAAGAGAGCAUGUAUGAGAGGGCCUUCGGAGAAUAUGGUUAUAAAUCCACAGAGCAUGGCCAUAAUGACCAGUAGUUCCGUCAACACCAGACUAAGCGUUCCCAGUUCAAUGCCAAUGACAGGCAAUAAUGAACAAUGUGGAAUGGAAAAGCAGCUGUGGCCUGUUGUGUCCAAAACAGGAGUCCCACACGGCCUAAAUGUGCAAAGCCAUUUAAACGUUCAUCUGAUCUGACUGAGUGCACAAGUACAACCCCAGACAGAGGUAACUUGGGAUAUCCAGAAGUGGAAGGCACUGUGGUACAGCAGAUAAGGUCGGGUUCAGAGCUCCAGCCCAUUAUAUAUCCAUAUCAGCAUGUAAACCUAGUGCCCUUUGGUUCUGCAUGAAAGUUCACUGCCAAAAUAAGGGAUAUAGAGAACAAGUCAAAAAGAAACAAACAACCAUGUGAAUUUACUUAAAACUUUUAGCGCUAUUGUCAGAGCACAAACUACACAUUUUCGAAGAGAA